AUGUUCAGCGAACAGGUCACCUCUAUUCGAUACAGCGAGGACGACGGUGGCCCAGCCACGGUUGAGUCUUCCGGUAGCCUUUCAACAGCCCAGUACGUUUUGGUUGUUGCUUGUGACGGGCUGACUUCGCGGACUCGGGCAAUUGGGCUGGGUGGCAACGUUCGAGAGCACAUGCAUCCGUUGUAUAGCUGGGCGGCUUUCUUCACUAUCAAGAAAGAUUUGAUCGAUGAAAGCAAGCUGGUAAUAUUCUACAGUGCCCCGGGAGGCCACCUCAUUGGAACUGGGCUUAAUCCAUCUGGUGGUAACAUUAUUGGAUUCAUGGCUCUUCAUCGACACCCCGAUGAGCAGUCUAUACACUCAUUCCGGGAGGCCUCGAAACAAGGAAUCGAUGCGACUAAGAAAUUUGUCUAUGAGCAUUACAAGGGCAGCGGCUGGGGAACAGACGAGAUCCUUGCGGAGAUGAUGGCCACGGGCGAGUUCUAUUCAACUGAAUUCGCCCAAGUCAAGCCACCCACUUUGUAA